CUUGCGGGUCUUUGAUGCGGUGUAUGCGCCCACCUCUGGGAGGAGCCAAGAGGUACGCGGGGGGCGCCUAGGAGGUGAGCGCCAUCUACAGCCGGGGUACCGCUUCCCCCGGCGCCGUGCAAAAAUAUCUUCUUUUUUUUUUCUUUUGUGGUUAAUGACACCACGUGACCAGGUGGGCCGGGCUUCAUCGCUGCCUUCACUCUCUCGCCAGGAUGCUGGGUGGCAUGAAAGAGAAUCACAAAGUCGCCCUCACCAAGCUGAGGGUGCCUCUGGCCCAGGAAUUGGAGCCCGAUGAGUUACUGGAGCAUCUGCUGGCUGAUGGAGUCUUAACUCCAAUUAUGAAGGAGAAGGUUGAGUCUAACAACCGGCGCUUCAAACAGAACACGGUGUUGCUGGAUUUACUCCCAAGCAGAGGGCCGCAUGCCUUCUCUGUCUUCUGUGCCGCUCUGCAGAAAACAGGACAGAAGCACUUAGCGCAACAACUGGAGGCCAUGGUGAAGAACAAGGAAUCGGAAGAAACAAAGUUUCCAUUGUCUGUGCAAGAAACCAUUCCAAGAGGAAGACCUUUCUCACUAGAAUGCAGUGAGAUGAGCAUAGAUGAUGGAGAUGGUCCAGUAGGUGUGAGUCACACCAGCGUGGGUUUCUACCUUUCUCACCAUAAACAGGCCUACAAGAUGAACACUUUCCCUCGUGGCUUAGCCCUAAUCAUCAGCAAUAUCCAGUUUUCCGAUCCUGAGCUGGGUCAGCGCUAUGGAGGGGAAGUGGAUGAGACCGCUCUGAAGCACCUGCUUGCUAACUUCAACUACAGAGUUAUUUUCCGCAGUGAUUUAACUGCUUCGAAAAUGAAGUCUGAACUAAUCCGUUUCUCCUCACUGCCUGAGCACUCUCAUCUGGACUCCGCCAUUGUAGCCAUUUUGUCCCACGGAGUCGACGGUGCUAUAUAUGGGACUGAUAGCGAGUUGGUCAAGUUGCAGGACAUCUUCACAAUACUGGAUAACGCUCACUGCCCGCAGCUACAGAACAAGCCUAAAAUGUUCUUUAUCCAGGCCUGCCGGGGAGUUGAAGCCGACCGAGGAGUUGACCAGAGAGAUGGGAGAGAUCAGACCGCCUCUCCAAGCUGUGAACAGAGCGAUGCAGGAAGGGAAAAUGGCAAUGUCCGUCUGCCCACCCAGUCUGAUAUGAUCUGUGCCUAUGCCUGUCUGAAGGGUACUGUAUCACUUCGUAACACAAAACGCGGCUCAUGGUUCAUACAGGAUCUCGCCAAUGUGUUCUCUAAGUAUGCUAAGGACACGCAUGUGGCUGACAUGCUUGUAAAGGUUAACGCUUGUAUUAAGAACCGGGAGGGCCACGCUCCAGGAACCGAAUUUGACCGCUGCAAGGAGAUGUCGGAGUAUUGCAGCACGCUGUGCAAGGACCUUUACCUGUUCCCGGGUAUUCCAAGCCGACCCCAUCAGCUAGCAAGCACUUAGUUUUCCAUUUGGAAAGGAAGAAGCUUUAUUUUUUUAUUGACUCUUUCCUGGUCUUCCAACUCUGUAUUGCCCUGCAGCACUUUUGCACGCUUUCCUUGCUUACUUCCGGUAUUAACGAGAGGUGU